CUCGUGGAAGGUUUCCUGUGGCCGAGCCCCCUGCUGCACUCCAGGCAAGUCGAGCGAUGCGAAACGGAGGGCAAAGGGAAACCCAAGACGGCGCGGCGCCCCGCCAGGGCGGCUCCACGCGGUCUGCGCCCGCACGGGCGAGCCGCGGUGGCGCAGCGGGCAGGCCGAGGCGCCGCCCCGGGGCUGGGCUCUGCACGCGAGCCCAGACGGCGCGACGGCGUUUUUCGCCCUGCAGGGCGGCGGGCUCCGCGCGGUGUCGCUGGCGUCCGGGGAGGAGCAGUGGAAGUACGACCUGGAGUCCAGCGGUGACGAGGAAUUCGUCUUGCUCGUGAAGCCGGACGGCGCGUCCGUGUUUUGUGCUUCCGGGGAUGCUGCAAUGCAUGCCGUGGAUACCAGUUCGGGUUCUCGCCAGUGGAGCUUCGAUCUCGACUCGCGCCUGCGACGCGCUGUCCUCAGCCCCGACGGCGCCACGGUCUUCGCCGCCACGGCCGCCGGGACGCUGAGCGCGGUGGAGGCCUCCACCGGCGCGGCGCGGUGGUCGCGGGGGUGGCCGGGCGGCGGCGGCGCGGCCGCGCUGGCCGCGUGCCCGCACGGGGGCCGCGUGCUCCUCGGCGAGGCGGGCGGCGGGCUGCGCGCGCUGGCGGCGCGCACGGGCGAGGAGCUGUGGCACGCAUGCCGCGGUGGGGCCCUCUGUGAGCGGUUUGUCCUUCAGCCCGGACGGCUCCCGCGUAUUUGGCGCAGCUGGCGACGGAAGAGUAUUCGCGCUGGCUGCAGCUACUGGGGAAGAGGUAUGGAGCCGUUCGCCUUCUGUGGGAGAACGGCCUGAGGACCGCGGGCAGGACGCUCCGCACAGGUUGUCGCCAUCAAGCCUGAUCCGCUGGAAGCGGGUCGCCGUGUUGCUGACCUUGUGCGGAGUGUUGGCCUUGCACCGUAGCGGCAGGCUGAAGAGGCCAGGCGGUGGAACCAGCCCGUCGAUGGAGGACGCGUUGAGUGAGCCACUCGCAGCACUGGUGGCGAGUCUGGGCCUAGGCAUAGGCCCGAGCGGCGGCAAUGAGGAGACGUCGGCCAGUAACGAUGGGAGCGUGGGAAC